GAGCUCAGUCGAUGUCAGCGAAACAGUUCUAGAAUUUGAAGAGAGAAAUUCAUCUACAAAGGAAAAUUUAUUGAGGUAAGAGAGCACUCCUCGUUCGAUUGCACUUAAACAUCGUUUUGCACGUCGUUAUCCAGCAGAAAUGAGGACUUGAUAAGUCUCGUUGGCCGAAAUAGUUUUACAUCUGAAGGAUGAACUGUGUUACGCAAUUGGCAGUUUAUUUAUCUACUCUUUCUGGAAAUGUACUGUUAUGGAUCUCUCAUGAUGAAUUUGUCAAUCGUAGAAGAGUCAUUUCAAAAUAAUUCUGUUUAUUUUAACGACUGGGCUUAUAAUUACACAGAUUAUAAAAUAAAAUUUAAAAAAUGACAGUUUUUCUAGUUUGGUAAUGAAAAGUAUGUAAACUACCACAGUUCUUACAGAAAAAUGUAACUUCAACAUAUUAAUUAGCCCCAGUUACAAGAUAAUUUCGCGUGCGAGGUCUCCAAAUCUGGAUUUAUACAGUGUAAAUUGUGUUACUCGGUAUGAACAAAAUUAUGCAGGAAAGUUUAUUACUAGUUUUUGAUUCAGAUUUCUUUCGUGAUGUCAGGAUUUUUUUGCCAACGACGACGCUUCUCAUUUAUUGAAAAGCUAGAUUAAUUUGCCUAUUUUUCUUUGCAAUAUUGAAGCUUGUGGUUUUUGUUACCUGCAUGGCUUUUCCCUGGCACGUAACGCCCAUAAAUAAUUCAUUGCGUCAAGCCUCAGUUUUUCCGCUGCUCAGUCGCGGGAAUAUAUAAUUCCAAUUUUUUAAAUCUAUACAUUAUUUUCACAGAGGAAAUAUGGCUCCUAGAAGUUCAACACAAACAGAAACACUCGUAGUCGAGCCCGACUCAAAGAUUUGCGAUGACAACAACCGGAAACGAACCGAACGGGAAAUUGUAUGGUUCAAUGUUUACUUCAUGAUAGUACUGCACCUGAUGGCAGUAUACGGCAUUUAUCUGUUACCUAACGCAAACCCGCGGACGUGGCUUUGGACGUGGUUAUGUCACUUCAUUGGAGGACUUGGUAUUACAGUUGGUGUUCACAGACUUUGGUCUCAUCGUUCGUUCAAAGCAACUUGGCCCCUGAGACUUGCUCUGAUGAUGAUGAACUGCAUCGCUGCACAAAAUGAUAUUUUUGAAUGGGCGAGAGACCAUCGUGUUCACCAUAAGUACUCCGAAACCGAUGCCGACCCUCACAAUGCCAAAAACGGUUUCUUCUUCUCGCACGUCGGAUGGCUGUUGGUUAAAAAGCACCCUGAUGUCAUUUCGAAGGGAAAACAGAUCGACCUGAGUGAUUUGUACGACGAUGGAAUUGUCAUGUUCCAACGAAGGUAUCUUUGCUUCACUGUUUCAUAAUACGUACAAUUUUAAUUUCUUAUUCCCCAUAAUGCGUCAAUAUUAGGAUACAUUGCACCAGUCAGCAUCAUGAGUUACAAUUCUUACUGAAGAGCGCAGUGAAUGUCACCUCUUCCUAAUGGUAACAGUUCGCAUUACCAUACAUGGCAUAUGGCUUAUUUUUCCUUAUGGUCUCUGAUUUGGCAAAGUUUAAAAAGAACAUAAAGUAUUACGUAUUCUCUGCGUAGACAGCCAUGUGGAAUAUAUGUUGAUUUGCUUCUGGAAGUUCUCCAUAAUAUAUUCCAUAUUCUUCUGUCGUUAUCUGUCACUCUUGAGGAGGUUUUGUUCCAUUACAUAACCACCCAAACUUUAUUGGGUGUCCCCUCCUGGUGUGCAAAGUUCACAUCAGUUAAACAACACAGUAAGCUAAUUUUCCAUGCAUUCUUUUAUUUUCCAUGCUUUCUCCUCAAUUGUCAAUUUAUUCCCUGCACCAAUCUUAAUUUUUUCAAACUCUUGUGGUCUAAUUAAUUGAUACAAAUUAUCUUGUGUUAAACUUGAAAGUAAUCAAGUUAGAAACUGAGGUUAUUGAUUGGAAAUUUAUUUGAAUUGUCUUUAAAAGGGGUUGUUUACUACUGAGAAAAAGCAAUAUAAAAUUUUCUUUGUCCUUGAUUUGAUGAUCAUGACACAUUGCGUUAAAAUUUUUUUUAUUUUUUCCCUAGAAACUACAAGUUACUCGUGGUAAUUUUCAACAUUGCAAUACCAAUUGCUGUACCAUGGUUGUUCUGGAAUGAAAGUGUCUGGAAUGGCUUCUUUAUUUGUUAUGCACUCCGUUAUGUCGUCACUCUUAAUGCCACAUGGUGUGUUAACAGCCUUGCUCAUCUCUGGGGAUCAAAACCAUAUGACAAGGGCAUUAAUCCUUCUGAGAAUUUCUCUGUUGUCUUGGCAACUGGAGGAGAAGGGUUUCAUAACUUCCACCACACAUUCCCACAGGACUAUGCUACAAGUGAGUUAGGUUUGCGAUUUAAUCCCUCCAAGUGGUUCAUUGACCUUUGUGCAAACCUUGGACUGGCAUAUGACUUGAAAACUAUCUCAAAAGACACCAUCUUAAAGCGAAGAAUGCGCACUGGAAAUUUACAGCAUCUUAAACAUCAUGAUGACUAA